AAUGUCUUAGCAGGAGAAGAAGGAAUAAAUUAUGGGUAAUAUUAAACAAAUUUAGGAUUAGAUAACUGGAAAAUUUGUAUUUAAAAAAUGAAAACAUUUUAAAGACCAUUUUAAAUGAAAGAUAAAACUGAAAGAAUUAAAGAUAUCAAAUAUCAAUUUAAAAUAUAUCAUCCAGAUGUCAAAAAUGAUGAAUAAAUCAAAUAAAUUUUAUUAUAAAGGAAAUAAUAAAAUGAAUAAUAAAAACUUAUUGAAAGAAAAAAGAAAGCAUUUUACAAAUUAUAAUUUGAAUUAAAACAUUUUACUAAAUCUUAACUCCUUACUAAGUAUCCUAAUUUAACUGAACUUAUUGAAAAAUUACCAGAUCCUUAAAAGCCUAAAUCUUGUUAAUUUAAAGAAUAGGAUUAGAGUUUGAAUGUAUCUUAAGAAAGACAAUCUGGUCUUACAUGGGAAAGUUUAAAUAAAUUACCAUUGGUAACAGAUUUUCUUAAAGAUUUAAUGGAUCAAUAAGAAGAAGAAGAUGAUAUAUAUUUAUAAGAAUAUUAAGAACAAAAGCUUUUGAAUAAUUCCCCUAAGAAAAUUAUAAAAAGUAAUAGAUAUCACAGUAUACCUGGAUAUCAAAAUGAGAGAUAAAAGAGAUCUGUUUCAGAUCAUAAAUAAAUUAUUAAGAUUUCAAAAUAAGAUGAAUAAAAUUCAAUAGAAAGAUUAAAUGAAUUUGAGAUAUAAGGUAAAAUAAUAAAGUUUAAAACAACAACUAAUAAUGUAGAAAAUAAAUAGAGUAAUAAUUUUAUUUCUUUACUAUAACUGAACUCAAAUUAAAUAAGAUAAAAAAUUUUAAGAUAAUAAAAGUAGCAAUUAUAACAAUAAAAUUAUUCAGUUGAAAUGCCAAGAUAAAAUACAUCAUUAGAAUAUAAUGAUCCUCAUUUUUUAAAAGAUAAGUCUAUUCCAAAUAAAUUGAAUAUUUCAAUGCUUAAGAGAGUCUAAUAAAUAUCUGGAUUGGAAGCUAUAAAAGAAUAAAAUUUAUUAAAUUAAAUAAUUUCAUAGUAGAGAGAGAAAAUAAAAAUUGCUAAGAAGUGA